AUACGUGUCUAUCCUGCUCCUGUCGUCAUUGAAACCACCUCUGAUACUCUCCGACCCAUAACUGCUUUCUAUCCCUCCCCUUCCAUCAUGGCCAACGGCUCAGACCUGGAAUCAUGGAUUGCCGGAAUGCCCAAGGCCGAACUUCAUGUUCAUCUCGAAGGUUGCCUGACCCCAGACCUGGCCAGGACCUUGGCCACACGCAAUAAACUUCCGCCUCCCCCGUCCCUCUCCUCUCUGACCGGCAGUGGCAACACGUCGUCAUACGACUUCCAUGACCUGACGAGUUUCCUUGCCGUCUACUACCCAAAUAUGACGGUGCUUCAAACGGAGCAGGAUUUCCGAGAUCUGGCUUUGAGCUACCUGACCCACGCGGCGACACAGAAUAUUAAACAUGCCGAAAUGUUCUUCGACCCGCAGGCGCACACGUCGCGCGGGGUCCCCUUUCCGACAGUGGUACGCGGGUACCGAGCAGGGAUAAUGACGGCACAGCGGACGCUAGGAAUCUCGGCGAGUCUGAUCAUGUGUUUUCUGAGGGACCAGUCGGCAGAGUAUGCGAUGGCGACUCUGAUGGAGUCGCUGCCGUUCAAGGACAGUAUUAUCGGUGUUGGGCUGGAUAGCGACGAGCGUGACAACCCGCCGGCCAAGUUUGCGGCCGUGUAUCAGCGCGCCAGCCGCGAAGGCUACCUGUUGACGUGCCACUGCGAUAUCGACCAGCCCAACACCCUCACUCACAUCACCCAGGCCCUGACCGAGCUGCAGGUCGACCGCCUCGACCAUGGGUCCAACGUCUUGGCUCAGCCGGACCUCGUUGACCUGCUCAAGUCCAAGAACAUCGGCCUCACCUGUUGUCCUGUCAGUAACAGCGUCGUCACCGCCGACUUCAAGGGACCCGACAUUGUUGCCCUCUUACGCACGGGGGUCAAGGUCACCGUCAACUCCGACGACCCGGCCUAUUUCCGCGCCUAUCUUAACGAGAACAUGCUGAAGAUGGCCACCGCUACCGACCUGUCCCGUGCAGAGUUGAUCCAGCUCCAACGUAAUGCCUUUGAGAUUUCGUGGAUUUCCAGCUGGAGAAGAAGUCAUUUUCUAGCCCUGUUGGACGGGUAUGAGAAGUCCACGUUGCACGACCAUGAUCAAAAUCACGUCGAAGGUAUUGGAAAUGGCGCUGCCGGAGAAGUCUUGGCCGCGUAAACAAUAAGUGGUCAUUGAGUAACCAUGUUGCUUCUGCAUAGCAUAGCCAUCAACUUAUUUGGUUGGACUUGAACCAUGCUGGUAGGAAUUUUGGC